AGAGUACUCUGUGCAUGAAUCCCGGAGCGCAAUUCCGGGACAAGGUGGCGACACAAAACUGAUGGCGCUGCAUAUGCUCUCCGGCGGCAAGAGGACCAAAACGCUGCCCAUUCGUGGGCCCACGACGCGACAAAGCUGCCCAUCCAUGACUCGAGCCUAAACCACCAACCAUGAGCAGGCUCCCCGAGAUCGCGAGCCCGGGAGUGAGCGCCAAGCCGUCCGUCUCCAGCACGACGCAGGGCCUCACGACGCUCGCCGAGCAGUCGUCCAUGGGCCUCACGACGCUCGUGGCGCCGCUCCAAGAGGCCGUCACCGAGAAACUCUUCAGCGGUGGUAGUUUGGCCUCUGGAAGUGUGGAGACGUCGCCCGAGACCUUCGCUGAUAAACUAGUAAGGGCCGCCGCGCACCGAGCCGAGAUCAUUUCCCAGCGGCGCGAGGCGGCGCGACGGUAUACUGCUGUAAGAGCAGCAUCUGCGCGGCAGCGCCGCGACGCGGUCCUGCAAAAGCGAGAAGACGACGUGUUGAGUAAAGUCGAGUUGAAAAGGGACCGGCCGCGGAUCCUGCGGGAGCAGGCCUUGCAGCGGCUGCGCGGGGCGUUACUACUCACGAUCGUGCAGCAAGCUAUCCGCGCGAAGGCUUUGUCAGACCAAUUGGAGAUAGGCCGCGAGGACAUGGCGACGCGGCGGAAACACCGGCGAGCCGCGAAGAUGGUCCAGCGGUGCUACCGCCAGAAGCGGACCCAGCGCAUGUGGACGAAAUUUUCGAAGUAUGCGCGGCUCAUGAAGCGGCAUCGCCUGAGGAUGUGCUUCACGAUACGGUGUUGGAGGAGGGCCUACGCGGCGGGCGUCGUGCGGGACUUUUUGCGGGCCACGAACAAGGGCGCGAAGCUGCAGCGCGUGGUCAUGACCUACACGGAGCGCGUCGUGCUGGGUCAGUCGUUGAUAAGGCAGUACGUUUAUGCGAGGCGGGCGCGGAUGAAGAUCCUGGACCAAAUCUACGUCCAGCUCGAAGGUAUUAUCAUCGAGGAGGAGCGGCGGCGCAUCGUGGCGCGCGUGCACGAGAUCCGGAAGCUGUUGCGAGCGAGGUUGGAAGGCAGGGCCGACAGCCGCGCGUCGCUCUCGACGCAGCCCGCGCGGGGCAAGUCCUUCGCCGAGAAGGUGAUGGACGAGGCCGACAAGGUCGAGUUGGACCUGAAAUAUCAACGAUCGAAGGUCCAGAAUUUGAUCGAGGGCCACCAGGAGCGCUAUGAGUUGUGCUGUAAAUAUCGGAAGGACACGCCGACGCUGAUGGCGGAAUACGACGCGUUCCUCAAGCGCGACGAGCCGCCUUCACCACAGAAGCGGCGGCCGACGACGGCGCCGGCCGCUCUGGAUCAGCAGCUCUUGCCCUCGGGCGAGCGCAAGCCCUCGGUCAAAGAAAUAAUCAGGAGUUCGCGCGCCGCGCGGGCUGGGAAGCUAAAAAAGGGCAUCGAGGUCCAGCGCGGGCGGGCCGCGCUGACGGCGGCGUCCGCUUCCGCGUCCGUUCCACCCAUACGCCAUCGCCGCGACGUGCGCCCUCGACGCUAUCGCCGCGACGCCGUCUCCGUGCGGUCGGCGCGGCGAUGGCGUCUCGACUGGUGCAGCCUCGACGCCAUCGACGCGAGAGGGAGAACGCGUCGCGUGCCACCUUCGUGAUGUCCGACGCGUCGCCCGCGCAGGCCACCGGAUCCGCCGCCGCGCGUCGAGCCGAAGCGACGGAGGGAGCUGCUGUCGUGGUUGUUGGCGCGGCGACUACGCGCGUGGCGCCGGCGGAUGGAACGGCGCGCGUUGCGCGCUGUGUGGAAAUCAACCAGUGUGGAUUCGCCUCGUGUCGAUUGGUGGGGCGCCCGAAAUUUGAUUUUUCAACACAGGUCGCGCGCGUCGCGCAAAGGCAGAUCGCGCUACUCGCGCGGCUCCAUCGACACCGCCAAUACCUGUGUGGAAAUCAACCAGUGAGUUAGGUUACGACGCUGUCACGGCGAGAACAUUGCGUUGAUGGCCUGAAAACUCCACGCCAUCGAGCAGACGCAGUUACGGGGAAGACGUCGCGUCGGGCAUCCAAAAUUUGAUUUCCACACAGGCCACCACCGGCGACGAGUCGACGGCGAUGGCGUCUAACGAGGAGAUCGCCGACGACGCCGCGCUCGCGGGCCAGGCGGACGCGUUCUCGAUUGGAGACGCCAUUCGGUGGCUGAAGCUCGGGCAGCGACGAAGCAGUGGGGACGUCCGAGAGCAAGCGGAGGCGUCGGCGAUGCUCGAGUCGGCGACGCAGGGCAUCUAUAUGUUCUACAACUCGUUUGGGGGCGUCGCCGGCAUGUACGCGGCAGUCGAGGACUGCGUCAGAGAUGAGCGCAAUCGACAGCAGGCUUUGCAAGAUGAAAUGGAGGGGACCCUGGAGGCGCGGUACGGCAUGGACCCGUCCCAGUUCUCCGGCGGGGUAAAGGUUGCGCCGCCCGAGUUGACGGAGAUAUAACUUGUAGACAACACAUCAUCU